AUGGACGAUGUCACCACCAGUAACCACACGAAGGAAACUGCACAGCCAAGCACAGAUUUGAGUGCCGAAGAAGCCAAAAAGGCUGCCGUCCUAAUUCAGAAAACAUACCGAGGACACCGUACUCGUCGCGAGCUGAACGGAUUUGGUCUUGAUGCUUCGACGAGGUGGUACGAGGCCGUUCGAGAUGCUCGAUUCAAACAAGUCACCACACCCCGACCUCCCAGCCCAGGUGGGAGAAGCGGCUCUCCCGACAGCGAGGCGAAUCGGACGGCUACCCCGUCUUCACCUGCACGGUCGAAAUGGAAUCGGGCCACAGAGAUUGCACGCAGGGCUGGUGCCGACGACCGGUCUCCCUCCGUGUCGGAUCUGUCUUCGAGCGAUAUGAGUGAAGAAGAACAAGGCUUUGGAACGAUGCCCACACAGGAAGAGAAGGAAGCUGCGAGGAAGAGACGCGGCGAAGCCAAUGCCGUGCGGAAGAAGACAGCCAAGGUGAUGGACCUGCAAUAUUUUCUGGAGAUGGUGGACCAGAAACAUCGCUACGGUUCGAAUCUACGAAAAUACCACAACUACUGGAAAACCCAAGAUACAGACCAGUCGUACUUCUACUGGCUUGACCAGGGCGACGGGAGGACCGUAGAACUCCCCGAGUGCAGUCGAGCACGCCUAGAUAAAGAGCAAGUGCGCUAUCUGUCCCGAGAAGAACGCCUGCAGUACCUGGUCAAGGUCAAUUCUGAGGGGUUGCUCGUUUGGGCCAAGAACGGUGAGCUAGUGUGGACCAAGGACGAGCUUUUCAAGGACAGUGUCAACGGGAUCGUCCCGAUCGAUGAUCCUUCACCACAGUGGAAGUACAACGUGCCGCCAGCUGGGAAGAGUGACUCCAGCUCCAGCUCCUCGGACGAGCCCGACGAUACGGAAGAGGGCGAAGGUGAAAGGUAUGUGAAUGAAGAGUUUCACAGAGCCAGAGGCCCGUCCAAGGUAAAACAUGUCAGCGCGGGAGUGCUUUUCAAUCACAUGAUCAGAACCAGUCUCAAAAAGGGUCACAAAUGGAUCUUCGUGGCUGAUACCUCGUUUCGCUUGUAUAUCGGGUACAAGCAAUCGGGUGCGUUCCAGCACUCGUCAUUUCUACACGGGGCGCGCAUCUUGUCCGCUGGUCUGAUCAAAGUAAAGCACGGGCAGUUGAGAAAACUGUCGCCUCUGAGCGGACAUUACCGGCCCCCAGCGGCCAAUUUUCGAGCCUUUGUGCACAGCUUGCGCGACGCUGGUGCCGACAUGUCCCACGUAUCGAUAUCCCGAAGCUACGCCGUGCUGGUUGGCCUGGAGACGUACACUAAGGCACGCAAACAGUUGAAAAGUGCAGAAGAUUCGGUAGUCCAUGAAAAGGACGAACUGCUUAACCCGGAUAAGGUUAGAAUGGAGGAAGAGGCACAGCGCGAUAAGUCUCAGAGCGCGGAAACAGAAAGGCUGUACCUGAAAAAGCAGCGUGAAGCUGAGGACCGGGAAUUCCGGGAACGCAAAGCCAAGCGCAGUCUGACAGGGAGACUGUCGAAUGCCAUCAGCAAACUAAGGUUUCGUGGGGUCAGUGGCGACAAUGCCCCAGUAGGAGAGGAACAGGCAAAGCGAAUCAUGGGGACAGGGCCAGAAGAUGGCGUACCACCACCAGAAGGCCAUAGGUGA